ACGUCAGAAGUAAUCAAAGCCAAUUAAUUACUAUCUAUAUAGUUAUAUAUACUCAACUAAUUAUAAAAGCCUAGUAUGUCUCUGUACAUAUUAGUUAGCAUUCCAAACUGCCAUACUCCAUAUAAAUACUUCUUCAUGUACCUCUAACGUCCAUAACAUUUCUUCAAACAAAAUCAAGUUUCGGAGAAGAAAAAAAAGAAAAGAUUAAAUAAUGACAAUAAAAAGAUCAUCUCAAGCAACAUCGAUCAAGCAAAUCUUAAAGAGAUGCUCGAGUCUAGGGAAGAAGAAGAACGUCAAUGGUUGCUACAAUAAUCAAGAAGAUGAUAGUUUUCCACAAGACGUGCCAAAAGGUCAUUUUCCGGUUUACGUUGGACCGAACCGAAGUCGCUACAUCGUUCCCAUCUCGUGGCUGGAAUACUCCGAGUUUCAAACGUUGCUCCGACUAGCCGAGGAAGAGUUUGGCUUUGACCAUAAUAUGGGUCUUAUCAUACCUUGUGAUGAAGUGUUCUUCAGGUCUCUGAUCUCCAUGUUCAGAUAAAGUUCGAUCUAAAAUAUCCAAGAAAAAUGACUAAUAGCUACGUGACGGUCAGAAGAAGAUCCGUGUUAGCAAGGCAUCAACCCGCGGGUCGGGUUUUUCUUUUUUUCUUUUUUUCUUUUUCUUUUCCCAAAAUUUGUAAUAGUUGGAGUCUUCUUUUCCCUCAAGUCGGCACGAAAGGUUAGCCGGUGAUCUUGAGAGGACCAGCUAGUUUUUUUUUCUUUUUUGAGGACCAGUUAGUUAACUUCUAUAAAUCUCUUAUGAUCAAUCAAAAUUUGUUUACAUCUAUAAUAUUAUUCCUUAGUUUUCAAAUUA